UAGACGAAGUAGACAAGAAACGAGUUUGUUGUUUGACCAGUUGCCUUUAUAACGAACUUAACACGAUCUAUACAUUUUAUAUUGAAGUCGAAGCACUCCUAUUUUUAAGAGAGACUGGUAAUGCAAAUUGUUUGACCCGACAAGAACCAGAAUGAUACGGCGAACACAAGCCUGCGCGAAGGUAACAGACUCGAGUGAACCUGGAGUAUCAGCCCAGUUCAGGCACCUUGGCAGAAUGGAUCCAGAGAGGCGCAGUCACCAGAGGGAGUAUGGAGAACCAGAGAGGCGCAGUCACCAGAGGGAGUAUGGAGAACCAGAGAGGCGCAGUCACCAGAGGGAGUAUGGAGAACCAGAGAGGCGCAGUCACCAGAGGGAGUAUGGAGAACCAGAGAGGCGCAGUCACCAGAGGGAGUAUGGAGAACUAGAGAGGCGCAGUCACCAGAGGGAGUAUGGAGAACCAGAGAGGCGCAGUCACCAGAGGGAGUAUGGAGAACUAGAGAGGCGCAGUCACCAGAGGGAGUAUGGAGAACCAGAGAGGCGCAGUCACCAGAGGGAGUAUGGAGAACCAGAGAGGCGCGGUCACCAGAGGGAGUAUGGAGAACCAGAGAGGCGCGGUCACCAGAGGGAGUAUGGAGAACCAGAGAGGCGCAGUCACCAGAGGGAGUAUGGAGAACCAGAGAGGCGCGGUCACCAAAGGGAGUAUGGAGAACCAGAGAGGCGCGGUCACCAGAGGGAGCAUGGGGAACCAGAGAGGCGCGGUCACCAGAGGGAGCAUGGGGAACCAGAGAGGCGCGGUCACCAGAGGGAGCAUGGAGAACCAGAGAGGCGCGGUCACCAGAGGGAGCAUGGAGAACCAGAGAGGCGCGGUCACCAGAGGGAGCAUGGAGAACCAGAGAGGCGCGGUCACCAGAGGGAGCAUGGAGAACCAGAGAGGCGCGGUCACCAGAGGGAGCAUGGAGAACCAGAGAGGCGCGGUCACCAGAGGGAGCAUGGAGAACCAGAGAGGCGCGGUCACCAGAGGGAGCAUGGAGAACCAGAGAGGCGCGGUCACCAGAGGGAGUAUGGAGAACCAGAGAGGCGCGGUCACCAGAGGGAGUAUGGAGAACCAGAGAGGCGCGGUCACCAGAGGGAGUACGGAGAACUGAGCUCAGGACAAUGGAACGAUAGCCUUAAGAGAGACAACGGCCAGGCUAUGGCCAGAGAGCUCUACAGUGAAUACUCCAGCAUGAGGAGGACUAGAGAAGGUUGGGAGGACUAUGGUGCUUCCUCUGAUAUGAGCUACAUAAUGGACCCAUUGUCCAGAGACUGGAGCGAAGGCUCAUUGAGGGGUAGUGGUGCUCCCUUCUCACCAGACACAGAUGGGGACGUUGAUGGAGAUCCUGUGGAGCUCAGUGUGGAGGACCUGGAUCUCAUAGAGGAGAAGAGAGCUGUUCUUGCUUUGCAAAAGGUUAAACGCGGAGCUAAGGACAUGCCUAGAACACAGACUGCAUACACAACAGCGAAGGGCAUGUCUAAACCGAGGAAGGUGAACAAUAGAACAGUCAACAGUAAUGUCGCGGACCAGUCGUCACGCAUAUGCCUACCUCUUAAACGGAGGGUGCUGGACACUCUGAGUAAGGAUACCCCUGUCAAGCUGAAGAAACAAAACAAGAUGCGAGCAUUGGAUCUGAUGAUUAGAGCUCCCCUAGAAAAUGAAGAGGCCCGUCCUCUGAGACUGAGGGUUUUAAUGAACCAGCGACGCUAUCCCGACAAUGAGGAGGUGGUCCCGAAUGAUGAACGGCAAAUUCAGAGGCCAGUUCAUUCACUCAGGACACAGGAGAAAGACAUAGCAGCCACAGGCUUCCAGCGCUUCCUCAAUGUCCUCAAUAAAGGGGUGGACCUCAACAAGCUCUCAAAGAUCGUCAACAACAAAAAUGGGUUACUCAUUGUGGGCGAGGAGCUACCACAAGUUUGGCCGACUCUGCCCGAGGGUCAUGUUGACUCCAGCAGUAGAUCCAAGUCUUCUCUAGUUGAGGAGAAGACGAAGGUGAGGCUUGAGGAUGAGCAGCGGCACGAGCAGAUGCAGACCCUGCUGGAGAUCGUUGGGCUGGACUUGGGGGUUGAGGAGUUGGGUCAGCUGACAGACAGGACCAAUGACAGGCUGUAUGGGAAGAUGGGAGACUUGAAAAGGAAGGAGUUUGAGAAUGAGAAGGGGGAAAGAGAAAAAGGAAAGCGAGCCUUCAUUUAAACAUCUCAGUACUUCCUCAUUACCAUCAGACAGCGCCAGCCCCCUUCUAAACCAGCACUCAAACAUGACCGUUGAAUACAGCAGCUCUAGUAACAGGGUAUGUGACAUAGAGAGACACAGGGACAGAUCUGAGAGGGACUGGCACCGACACUCUGGUGCCAGAGACAAGGACAGAGGGAGGGAGGAGGAUAUAGUCAGAGAAAUGGACAGAUCUGAGGGACUGCCACCGACACUCUGGUGCCAGAGACAAGGAAAGAGAGAGCGAGGGAGGAGGAUAUAGUCAGAGAAAUGGACAGAUCGGAAAGAGAUUGAGUGAGAGAUGGUCACAAACACUAGUACCAGAGAUCGGGACAGAGAGGGUGACGAGGACAGAGUCAGAAAAGGGGACACUCCUGCAAGAGAGAGAUACGGGCAAAGAUGGUCUCGUACCAGAGAGAAGGACUGAGUCAGAGAAAGGGACAGAUCUGAGAGAGACUGAAAGGGAGACUGGCACAGACACUCCAGUACCAGAGAGAGACAAGGACAUACCGGUAGUCAGAGAAACUAACAGAUCAGAAAGGAACAGACAUAAAGACGGGGACAAAGACCCAGAGAAAGACUGGGACAGAGGCCAAGAGGGAGACUGGGACAGAGGCCAAGAGGGAGACUGGGACAGAGGCCAAGAGGGAGACUGGGACAGAGGCCAAGAGGGAGACUGGGACAGAGGCCAAGAGGGAGACUGGGACAGAGGCCAAGAGGGAGACUGGGACAGAGGCCAAGAGGGAGACUGGGACAGAGGCCAAGAGGGAGACUGGGACAGAGGCCAAGAGGGAGACUGGGACAGAGGCCAAGAGGGAGACUGGGACAGAGGCCAAGAGGGAGACUGGGACAGAGGCCAAGAGGGAGACUGGGACAGAGGCCAAGAGGGAGACUGGGACAGAGGCCAAGAGGGAGACUGGGACAGAGGCCAAGAGGGAGACUGGGACAGAGGCCAAGAGGGAGACUGGGACAGAGGCCAAGAGGGAGACUGGGACAGAGGCCAAGAGGGUGAGACUGGGA